UGGGGUGUUGGAGCGACCGGCUUCCCCGCUUCCUCGCGGUGUUGCGGGUUAAUCCCCCUCCCCACAAUGUUUGCUUUCUGUACAGGGGUGCCGUCUCCCCGCGACUCCUUCCUUGCACGCCUCCAGCGCAAAGAUUUUCUGAUACAAUGGCGACCUCACGGGGGAGAACGAAGAAAAAAGCAUCUUUUGAUCAUUCUCCAGAUAGCCUUCCUUUGAGGAGUUCCGGUAGGCAGGCGAAGAAAAAGGCCCCGGAGACGACGGAUGAGGAUGAAGACGGUGGGUCAGAGAAAAAGUACAGGAAAUGUGAAAAAGCAGGCUGUACGGCCACGUGUCCUGUGUGCUUUGCAAGUACUUCUGAAAGAUGUGCCAAAAAUGGCUACACAUCCCGAUGGUAUCACCUCUCCUGUGGGGAGCAUUUCUGUAAUGAAUGCUUUGACCAUUACUACAGAAGCCAUAAGGAUGGAUAUGACAAAUAUACUACAUGGAAAAAAAUAUGGACAAGCAAUGGAAAAACUGAACCUAGUCCCAAAGCUUUCAUGGCAGACCAGCAGCUCCCCUACUGGGUUCAAUGUACCAAACCUGAGUGUAGGAAAUGGAGGCAGCUUACCAAGGAGAUCCAGCUGACUCCCCAGAUAGCAAAGACCUACCGUUGUGGUAUGAAACCAAAUACUGCUGUUAAGCCUGAGACCUCAGACCAUUGUUCCCUCCCAGAGGAUCUAGAAGCUCUUACUCCUCAGAAAUGUAUUCCUCACAUCAUCGUCCGGGGUCUCGUGCGCAUUCGAUGCGUUCAGGAGGUGGAGAGGAUACUUUAUUUUAUGACGAGGAAAGGUCUCAUCAACACAGGAGUUCUCAGCGUCGGCCCCGACCAGCAUCUUCUGCCUAAAGAUUACCACAAUAAAUCAGUCAUCAUUAUUGGGGCUGGUCCAGCCGGAUUAGCAGCUGCUAGGCAACUGCAUAACUUUGGAAUUAAGGUGACUGUCCUGGAGGCCAAAGACAGAAUCGGAGGCCGAGUAUGGGAUGAUAAGUCUUUCACAGGCGUCACGGUGGGACGAGGAGCCCAGAUUGUCAAUGGCUGUGUUAACAACCCAGUAGCACUCAUGUGUGAACAACUUGGCAUCAGCAUGCAUAAGUUUGGAGAAAGAUGUGACUUAAUUCAGGAAGGUGGAAGAAUAACUGACCCCACUAUUGACAAGCGCAUGGAUUUUCAUUUUAAUGCUCUCUUGGAUGUGGUCUCUGAGUGGAGGAAGGAUAAGACUCAGCUCCAAGAUGUCCCUUUAGGAGAAAAGAUAGAGGAGAUCUACAAAGCUUUUAUCAAAGAGUCUGGAAUCCAGUUCAGUGAGCUGGAGGAGCAGGUGCUUCAGUUCCAUCUCAGUAACCUGGAAUAUGCCUGUGGCAGCAACCUUCAUCAGGUGUCUGCUCGCUCCUGGGACCACAAUGAAUUCUUUGCCCAGUUUGCGGGUGACCACACCCUCCUCACUCCCGGAUACUCCGUCAUCUUAGAAAAACUGGCUGAGGGACUGGACAUCCGGCUCAGGUCUCCCGUACAGAGUAUUGACUAUUCUGGAGAUGAAGUGCAAGUUACCACUACGGACGGAAUAGCGUGUCCAGCUCAGAAGGUGUUAGUCACUGUGCCGCUGGCUUUACUGCAGAAAGGUGCCAUUCAGUUUAAUCCACCGUUGUCAGACAAGAAGAUGAAGGCCAUCAACAGCUUAGGAGCAGGCAUCAUUGAAAAGAUUGCCUUGCAAUUUCCUUAUAGGUUUUGGGACAGUAAAGUUCAAGGGGCUGACUUUUUUGGUCACGUUCCUCCUAGUGCCAGCAAGCGAGGGCUUUUUGCCGUGUUCUAUGACAUGGAUCCCCAGAAGCAGCACAGCGUGCUGAUGUCGGUGAUCGCGGGGGAGGCAGUGGCGGCCGUCCGGAACCUGGAGGACAAGCAGGUGCUGCAGCAGUGCAUGGCCACCCUGCGUGAGCUCUUCAAGGAGCAGGAGGUCCCAGAUCCCAACAAGUACUUUGUCACCCGCUGGAGCACGGACCCCUGGAUCCAGAUGGCAUACAGCUUCGUGAAGACAGGGGGCAGCGGUGAGGCCUACGACAUCCUUGCUGAGGAAAUACAAGGAACCGUCUUUUUUGCUGGCGAGGCAACAAACAGGCAUUUUCCACAAACUGUUACAGGGGCGUAUUUGAGUGGUGUUCGAGAAGCAAGCAAGAUCGCAGCAUUUUAAAUAGAAUUUGUUUGGACGCAGCUUUCUUCUGUAUCCCAAAUGGAAAGGUUUGAAAAACAUGUUAGACCUCAUUUUGAUAAAAUCAAACAAUCCUCUCUAGGUAGCAAAACUGAAAUGUUCCAAGGUGAUAUGGUAAUAUAAACCAGUUUUUACCAUUCUGAAAGCAUGGGUUACACGAAUCCUUUUAUAAGCACUUAUAUUUAAUAGCAUUUUCCUUUGGUCUGACUAGUGCUAAAUGUUCCAAUUUCAGAGUAAGGCAGAAUAUAACCUUCAGGUAUGACCUUGGAUAUGAUUCUUCCAUGGUUAAGAGAAUCCCUUGAAAUCUGACUUUUUUUUUGGCUGACCAAUUUUCACACAUUGAAAAACCAAGUCAAGCAGGAAUCAUUAAAAAAAAAAAAAAAACAAAGCCAUGUACUUCUGUGACAAUUUAUCAGUACUUUGCCAAUGAGCCUUAAGAUUUUUAUAUAGUUCUAAUAUUGAGCUUUUACUUAAAUUUAGAUAGAAAUCUUCCCUUUUUGGAUACAGUACAAACUCUUCCAAGGUAAAUAAAACUUCUAUUUUAUAUUGUACGUAUUUCCUCCCAUUAGGUGUUCAAAAGAAAUUUAAAUUCAGGUAUCUUUUAUAAUAAAACAUAUUAGAUCUGUGCACUCAUUGGCAAAAUUUUCGAUUCAACAAUACAGGUGUGGUACAACUGAGAAUGGAGAAGAGAGAGUAUGGUCUUCGUCCUUUAGACACAAAAUAUGGCUAUUUUCCUUAGAGCCAUGUUUGUGCAGAUGGGACACUUUAAAUAGCCUUAACUUUGGCAACCACUAGUAAAAGGGUCAGAAUAAUUUAAUAGAAGUCUCUCCCUACUGCCUCUUUUUAAAAUAACUGAUUAAGUCUCUAGGAAUAUUUUUUAUAGAAUUGUUUUCAGUAUUCCAUAGGCAGGUCCACUGGAAAACUGCAGAAAAAUGUGAAAUAUCCUGGGAUAAAUAUUACACAUUUUAUAAGCCAUAUCUUAAAAGCCUGAGAACAUAGUAAAUAUUUACCUUUUCCUUCUUUCACUCAUGACAAAAAAAUAAACACUGAUUUCAGGGUCUUCAGGAUGCCCAUCUUGCCAAGAAACUUCAGUUUACAGGUUAGAAAUAUGGGUAACUUCAGUGCUUUUGUUUUAAAAAGUCUUUGAAGAAUUCUUUCAGUAUGUUGGUCAGCUUAAAAAGGACUCAAAAUGACUUUGAAACCACUUUUCAAAAUAUUAGGUAUUUUUAAAGCCAGGUUGUAAGUAGAAACUGUAUUUUAUGCAAAGAAUAUAUCGUGAACUUUAGAAAGAACUUAAGACAUACUUCCUUCCCCAGAAGUAUGAUACAGCUGAAAGAAAGCAAACAGCAGUAAAUUGGUUUCAAAGUUAACAGGAAAAGGUUGAUACUUAGGGUUAUCUAAGGAAAGUCAUUGGUACUGAUUGGGAAGUAUUCUGCUUCAAAUGUUUCCUGUAUUAAAACGUUUAAAUAGUAUGUGUCAAGUGAUAAAUGCAAAACACUUUAAGUUGAAAUGGUUCACAGUCCAUCAUUACUUUGGUUUCUGGGCACUUAAACUUGUAUAGUGCUAUAAGCAAACAAGGAGGGAGAUCUACCUAAAGAAAGUACAGUAAAUGUGUAUUUUUUAAAAACCCUCACUUCCUGUCUCAAGUGAUGUCACCUAACAUUUUGUUCUUUAAGGAGCCACGGUAAUUUUUUUUCUUGAGUAUGUUUUUCACUGCUACCUGAAGAUUUUGUUUAACAGCAGUGGAUGUGUUUUAACUGCAGACUGUGAACAGCUGAUUGUGUAAAACUGUUUAAUAAAACAUGUUUUUCAAAUAC